AGUUGGUUACUCAAAACCGUUAAAAAGGAAAGGAAAGAAGGAACCGAAAAACUUUCUGAUGGCAUCAUUAACGACAAUCUCUGUUUCCUUGGCUACAAUUUCAGUUUCUUGUCAAAACAACACUUCGAUUUUCAAUCUUAAACCCCAUAAAACCAGACACUUAACUUCAUCUACAUUGUUCGGUACAAAACUAUGUCCGGAUAAGACAGCAAGAAGAAGAAGAACUAUUGGUUACAAGACAAGAACUGGUAGCGGUGGAUUCACUUGCUUAGCUUCUGUUCUUCCGUCAGCUCUUUUAUUCGACUGCGACGGUGUUCUUGUCGACACUGAGAAAGAUGGCCAUAGGAUAUCUUUCAACGACACUUUCAACGAAAGAGAAUUGGGAGUGACAUGGGAUGUCGAUUUGUAUGGUGAAUUGCUCAAAAUUGGAGGUGGAAAGGAAAGGAUGACAGCCUACUUUAACAAAACUGGAUGGCCGGAAAAUGCUCCGAAGAGUGAAGAAGAACGGAAAGAAUUCAUAGCUUCACUUCAUAAGAGAAAGACAGAAUUAUUUAUGGUCCUUAUUGAGAAGAAAUUGUUACCUCUUCGGCCAGGCGUUGCAAAGCUCGUUGAUCAAGCUUUAGGGAAAGACGUCAAAGUUGCAGUCUGCAGUACUUCAAAUGAGAAGGCGGUGUCUGCAAUAGUUUCUUGUUUGCUAGGACCUGAAAGAGCAGAGAAAAUCAAGAUAUUUGCAGGAGAUGUUGUUCCACGUAAAAAGCCUGAUCCGGCCAUUUACACAUUAGCAGCCAGCACUCUGGGUGUUGAUCCUUCCAGUUGCGUAGUGGUAGAGGACAGCGCAAUCGGUCUUGCUGCCGCCAAAGCUGCCGGAAUGAAGUGUAUAGUAACAAAGAGUGGUUACACGGCGGAUGAAGACUUUUUAAAUGCAGAUGCAGUAUUUGAUUGCAUCGGAGAUCCUCCUGAAGAGCGUUUUGACUUGGCAUUCUGUGGUAGCCUUCUUGAAAAGCAAUAAUCUUAACUAUGCCUCAAUUGUUCAGGUUUCUGUAUAUCAUUCUUUUUAUUGCCUUUAUUUGUGACCAACUGCACCUUUAAGUAAAAAAUGUUGGUCUUACUUAAGCUAACGCGGUGUGUUGCAUGCAAAAUAAGCAGAAAGUAAACGAUGGAAGCUGCUAGAAUGCCAUAAUCCGAUGCUUAAUUUCUUGUACAAAUGCAUGAAGUUUGGAUUGCACCGAACCAGUAUUACUUAAUGAAUAUCUCAUUUUUUUACGCCAA